CCCUGGCCGUGAUGCGUUGCCUCGGGCAACUGCGCACUUGUUAUGUCAAUAACAAAACCAGCUAAAGACGCAACCGGUUAAGGCUCAGGCAAAAACUGCGCAUUAGACAAGAGACAACGCAAAUGCCUGUGCUUGAAGCUCCCGCCGAGUACUCGGAGUCCUCUCCGGAGCACUCACUGCAGCCGGAGGUGCCACUGCUGCUGGCUCCACUACUGCCAGGCCCCGCUGCACUCGCCCAGCUGCGUCCCCCCACGGCAGAGGCGCGACAGCAGCAACAGCACCAGCAGCAGCUGCAAGUGGAGCGACAAAACCGUCGCCUAUUGGAGCGCCGCAACUCCUUCGACCGGGAUGAGCCCAUUGUGGAGGAGACCGAACACUUUCCGGCGUUCGUGCAUUUGCUGCCAGUGGUGCUGCCGCCACAACUGCCGGAGCCAACGCUUGAUGAGCUCCUGCGUCGCGUCACACAACGUACAGAUCUGGAGCAGGUGGAAACGGUCCGCCUGCGUGUCAUUUCCUAUUCGGUGAGCCUGUCCAGGCUCUCGCUCUUCCUGCCACGUCUGCAGCAACUGGAUCUCAGCGGCAGCGUGCUGAGCUCUCUGCGCGACCUGGGCUACGGCCUGACGCAGCUCACCCAUCUGAACAUCAGCAAUUGUGGCCUGAAUAGCUUCGAUGGCACCAGCGGCGUGCCCAAUCUAAGAGUCCUGAUCGCCGAUGGCAACAUGAUACAGCGCGUGGGUCCCUUGACGGAGCUGAGCCAGCUGCAGAUGCUGCAGGCGCGCAACAAUCGCAUCAGCGAACUGGGCCUGCUCUCGUUUCUGGGUCUGUGCCCGCAGCUCACGGAAGUGGAGCUCAGUGGCAAUCCCGUGUGCCGUUUGCCGCUGUAUCGCGACAUGCUGAGACGCAGCGUGGCCACGCUGCAGAUCCUCGAUGGGCAAUCCAUUAAUGAGGAUCCGCCAGAGGCACUGAGCGCUGAGCCAGACGACAACCACAGUUCAUUCUCCAGCGACUCGGAGUCUGCCCCAAGGCCAGCAACUGCUCCACAGAACAACAACAACAACAAUAAUGCUGCAACUCGACGAGCUGCGUCAGCUUUCGUCACACUGGACUCGACACGCUAUCAACGCCAAUCCUCCACGUCCAGCACACCUGUUGCCGGCUCUGUGCUGGGCCUGGUGCGCCAGCGACGUCGACGCAGUGGCCAUGCCUGGGUCAGCUCCUCCAGCGGCUCAUCGUCGGGCAGCUCCUCAGCCGGCUCGACUCGCGCGCCCUCCAUCAGCUCCGACUCCUCGCACAGCAGCCUGGAUAUGCACUCCGCCGCCUACACCUUCAAUGCGCAUGGCACCUUCGACUAGACACAAUGCGAGGUCACAAUUGCUCACAAAACAACUAGA